AAGUAUUGUUAUACAGCUUGUAGCGGUACUUCGCAGCCCUGGCAAUAGCCUUCUCAAUAUCGUCCAUUCUGUUUUACUCACACUGCAAAAUCGAUUAUUUUCUCAAAAAAAUAACGGAUAAUAAUUAUAGGUUGUCAAUCGUACGUAAUAGACGAAUGCAGAGCACGUACUGAGUAAAACGCUAACAAGAUCGAACUUGAUGUUUUGUCGCUAGCGGCUUAGUCACGUGACCCCCCGUUCUAUGUAUAUAUAGCUAUACAUUUCGCGGAAGAACUGUCAGAAAGUCGACGUACGGGAACAAUUGGCAAGUUCUUGCCGAUUUUACCAGAGAAGUACUUACGAAUUAUUUACGAAAUGGACGAAGAAGAAACAAAUUAUAGGCGAAGAUAAAGAUGAGUUGAUCAUGUUCUUGAUUGAGUGUAUCGAGAAGAGACCACUUUUAUAUGAUAAAAGUGACGACUCGUUUGGAAAGGUCUGUUUUAACCAAAAAGAUGAAAUUUUGGACCAAAUCGCCUAUGAGAUUUUUGAGAGUCUGGGGAUUAUGACGACAGGCGAAACAGUGAAAAAAAUGUGGGCAGAUUAAAAAAAACAGUUUAAGGAAUAUUAUGAAUACUUAUAAAAUAACAACCGAUCAGGUAUGGGAUACGAACAAAUUACUGUGUGGCCUUACUAUGAAGCAAUCAAAUUUCUACGAAACAAACUACAAGAAAAAGAUAUCAGUCUAACUAGUACAUCUGGAUGCUCAAAAAGACAACCUCAACUGGACAAAUUUGCUGUGGAAAAAAUGGAAGCAAAGAAAAAUUUGACAGAUGUUGUAAAAUCAUUAAAGGAAACAAUAACUAAGGAAGCUACAAAUAUUCUCCAGCAACCAGCAAGUAGCAGCAGCGAAGAUUACCAUCUCCUGCUGUCCGAUGCACUACAGGAUGUUCCAUCAAACCAAACACUAAAGUGUUUUCAAACUAUAAUGAGAUACAUCGAAGAAAAAAAGAAAUCAGCUUUCAAAAAAUGUUAGAUUAUAUACUUAUAUUAUUAAACUACUUUUGUAACCAAAAUUAUGAUUAUGAAUAUACUGUCAUAAGUAUUACUUUACUUCUUUUUGUUACAGAAAAAUUUUAUUAAAAAAUGUUGUAUUAAUACAGUAAUAAGAAAAAAGUAAAUGACAAACAUAUGUCUAGUCUGUAAAAUUAAGUAGAAUUCUGUAAUAUAAUCUGUAAAAUUAUUA